CUUCUUCUGGGUGACGUCGUCUGUCCUGCACGUUGACAUUGGGGAUAGUAACCGGACAGAAAACACUUCUCAUCUGACUUUCUCCCAAAGAACAAGGCAGGAUGGGAGCCUCCAUGUCUACACCAGCUGCCCCUACAGUCCAGGCAGAGGCCAUGAUGGCCACCCCACCUCAGGGCUGCCCCAUGCACCAAGAAGCCAAGCCUGUCAAAGUGUCUCCCCCUUCUGAGUGUCCCAUGCAUCAAUCGCAGCCUGUGAAAGUUACUCCUCCGCCAGAGUGUCCAAUGCACAAAGCGGAAGCAGGUCCAGCUCACCAAGACCGGGCCUAUGAGUUCGUCGAGUGUCCAAUGAAAGGUGCAGAAGGCGCGAACAGCGACAUCAACCCUGCAAACAUGAUGCCUCCUCCAAACCAAUCACCAGCUCCUGACCAACCUUUCAGCCUGUCUGUCAACAGAGAGGAGUCCCAAAUACCUCGCCACAACGCUGAGAAGAACUGGGUUUACCCUUCUGAACAGAUGUUUUGGAACGCCAUGCUGCGGAAAGGGUGGCGCUGGCGGGAGGAUGACCUUGCUGCUAAGGACAUGACCAACAUCAUUAAAAUCCACAAUACGAACAAUGAGCAGGCCUGGGAGGAGAUCCUGAAAUGGGAGGCCAUGCAUGCAAAGGAAUGUCCAUGUGGGCCGUCUUUGAAGAGGUUUGGUGGAAAAGCCAAAGAGUUUUCUCCCAGAGCUCGCGUCCGUCACUGGAUGGGCUACGAGUUGCCUUUUGACCGCCACGACUGGAUCGUUGACCGCUGUGGGAAGGAGGUGCGCUACAUCAUCGACUACUAUGACGGCGAAAUCAACCAGGAAACCUACAAGUUCUCCAUCCUGGAUGUACGUCCCGCCUUUGACUCCGUAGACGCCGUCUGGGACCGCAUGAAGGUGGCGUGGUGGCGCUGGACCUCCUAAAGGACACACACACACACACACACACACACACACACACACACACACACACACACACACACACACACACACACAC